UUUGCCAGUUGCUUCUUUGCUUGCUGCUUCGUUAGCUCCGCCUCUGCUACGGAGCUCUCGAGGUGGUCUCAUUACUUGAUAAACAUAUCUCUUCAAUUACUCUCUUCAACUCUCUUCUACCAAUCCAUCUAUCUUCCAAUAUGCAUUCUACUCUUUCUCUAUCUUCGCCUUCUUCCAUCGCUCGAUCCGAUCGCACCUUCUCCAGUGCCAUCGUUUCUGCAGGAACUGGAUCAAUUGUUCCUCGUUCUCUUCGCUUCUGCGGUCUUCGAAGAGAGCUAUAUGGAUUCCGCUCUUCAUCUUCACCUCGCCCAACUCCACUCUCAUCCCACACCCCGCAUUUCAACAAGGUCACGGCCUCAUUAUCGGCAAAUGGGACUUCUUCUAAGGAUUUCGACUACGAUUUGGUUAUAAUUGGGGCUGGUGUUGGAGGCCAUGGCGCAGCACUUCACGCUGUCGAGAAGGGCUUGAAAACUGCAAUAAUUGAAGGAGAUGUUGUUGGAGGUACAUGUGUAAAUCGGGGGUGUGUUCCUUCCAAAGCCCUCCUUGCCGUCAGUGGUCGCAUGAGGGAACUUCAGAAUGAACAUCACAUGAAGUCUUUUGGUUUACAGGUUGCAGCUGCCGGGUAUGAUAGACAGGCAGUGGCUGAUCAUGCAAACAACCUUGCUACAAAAAUACGAAAUAACCUGACAAAUUCGAUGAAAUCACUUGGUGUCGAUAUAUUAACUGGUGCUGGAACAAUCUUGGGCCCACAAAAAGUGCAAUAUGGUGCUAACAAUGUAGUGACAGCAAAAAACAUUAUUAUUGCUACGGGUUCUACUCCAUUCGUGCCUAAGGGUAUUGAAGUUGAUGGUAAGACAGUAAUAACCAGUGAUCAUGCACUUAAAUUGGAAUCUGUUCCCGACUGGAUAGUCAUAGUUGGAAGUGGUUAUAUUGGUUUAGAGUUCAGUGAUGUUUAUACUGCACUUGGAAGUGAGGUCACAUUUGUGGAAGCCUUAGACCAGCUUAUGCCUGGCUUUGACCCUGAGAUUGGGAAGCUGGCUCAGAGAGUCUUGAUUAACCCAAGAAAAAUUGACUACCAUACUGGUGUAUUUGCUAGCAAGAUUACUCCAGCGAAGGAUGGAAAACCUGUGACUAUUGAGCUUAUCGAUGCCAAGACCAAGGAACUAAAAGAAACUUUGGAGGUGGAUGCUGCUCUUAUUGCUACUGGAAGGGCUCCAUUUACAAAAGGGCUCGGUUUGGAGAACAUUAAUGUAGAAACUCAACGCGGAUUUGUUCCUGUGGAUGAGAGAAUGCGAGUUAUUGAUGCAAAGGGAAAACUGGUGCCUCAUUUGUAUUGUAUUGGUGAUGCAAAUGGUAAAAUGAUGCUUGCUCAUGCAGCAAGUGCACAAGGAAUCUCGGUUGUGGAGCAACUUAGUGGAAAAGAUCAUGUGAUCAACCAUUUGAGCAUCCCAGCUGCAUGCUUCACUCAUCCUGAAAUCAGCAUGGUUGGACUAACAGAGCCUCAAGCUAGAGAGAAGGCGGUAAAGGAAGGAUUCGAAGUAAGUGUUGCCAAAACUAGCUUCAAAGCUAACACAAAAGCCUUGGCUGAGAAUGAGCCAGAGGGACUUGCAAAGCUAAUCUACCGACCUGAUAAUGGAGAAAUACUUGGUGUUCAUAUCUUUGGCCUCCACGCUGCAGAUCUCAUUCAUGAGGCAUCUAAUGCUAUAGCCUUGGGAACACGGAUACAAGACAUAAAACUUGCAGUUCAUGCCCAUCCUACAUUAUCUGAAGUCCUUGAUGAACUCUUCAAGUCUGCCAAGGUUAAAGCCAACGUUUCAAGUUCAGUUUGUGAACCAGUGGCAGCCUAAGAUGAUCCUCUUCUUCCAAGGCAUAAUUUAUGAUUUGGAAUUAGCUGAGCGUCCAAAUUUGCAGUUGAGCAAUGGUUAAAUAGAUUACCUGUUUAAUUAUGUUAUUGUAUUUGUGCCAUUUUCCGUAAUGAAAGGUGCCUUAUAAUAAAUACUAUGAAGAGUACCAACUAGAUAAGACAAUUUAUUUGGAUUAAAAAAUUAUGGUGGGUAAUAACAUUUGAGGUGGUUGUAUUUCUAGGGAAGAAGGAAUGUCAAGUUUUCAAUC